GCCUGUCUGUCUCUCAGUCCCAGUCCAUUCCCAGGAGAAGAACAGGUUUUAAAGUGGGGAUGAAGCUCGAGGGCGUCGACCCCCUGCACCCCUCCAUCUUCUGUGUGCUGACGGUUGCCGAGGUGAUUGGCUGUCGGCUCCGGCUCCACAUUGACGGCUACUCCGAGUGCUAUGACUUCUGGGUAAACGCUGACUCAGCACACAUCAGACCAACAGGCUGGUGCAGGGACACCAACCACAGGCUCCACCCCCCCAAAGGUGAGUCCCCCCUCCACCACAGGCUCCACCCCCCCAAAGGUGAGUCCCCCCUCCACCACAGGCUCCACCCCCCCAAAGGUAAGCCCCCCUCCAAAACAGGCUCCACCUCCCCAACG